AAAGAAAACACUUCAACUUUGAUUUUUAAUUUAUUGAUAUUCUGAAUCGUAAACGACUUAAUCUGAGUCCUUUUCGGAAUUCUUUUUCUUAUUAAUAUUUAUAUUUCCUGUGAUUGAUGUGUAUCUUGUAUUAAUUCUCUCUAACUUGAUUUUACGCAAAGUUUUACGAGAUGGCAGAUGAAAGCAUGGAAAAUGGCGAUUUGCUCUCAGCUUCAGCAGAACUUGGUAAUGGUGAUUCGUUGAAUAUGACUGGCCAAUCUGAUGAGGUAGAUGAUCCAGAUUUAGAAAUGAUCAAAGCAAGAGUAAAGGAAAUGGAAGAAGAGGCUGAGAAAAUCAAACAAAUGCAAAAUGAAGUUGAAAAAAUGGCUCAUAGUACUCCCGGUUUAACUGCUUUGAGUAUUGAAGAAAAAAUGGAGAUUGAUUCUAGAUCAAUAUAUGUUGGCAAUGUUGAUUAUGGAGCUACCGCAGAGGAGUUGGAGGCUCAUUUUCAUGGUUGUGGUUCUAUCAAUAGAGUAACUAUUCAAUGUGACAAAUUUACUGGACAUCCUAAAGGAUUUGCAUAUAUUGAAUUUGCAGAUAAAGACUCAGUAUCUACAUCGACUGCUCUUGAUGAAUCUUUGUUUCGAGGAAGACAAAUAAAAGUACUGCCUAAACGUACUAAUAGACCUGGCAUCAGUUCUACCAAUAGACCUCCUCGGGGUCGAUUUCGAGGUCGAGCAGCAAGGCCUUUCUUUAGUGGAUAUAGACCAGUGCGAAGAGCUUAUAGGCGGCGAAGUUCCUGGUACUACCCCUAUUGAUUUUAGAGGCUUCAAGUAUUUUAAGGGGACAUUUCAUGUCGUUAAUCUAAGUUGACUGAAUAGAGAAGAAAGUGCUCUUCCAGAAGUUUUAAAUGUAAUAAUAUUAUGUGUGUAUUACAUUCAAACUCCGUUAUUGCAAGCCCUGAUUAAAAUUAGGUACCAAGUUUUCUAAAGAAAUUUUUAAUCAGUAGCUAAUCCAAUUAUAAAAAUCCUACUCUAAAUUGUUAUUAGAAUAGUUUUUAUUUAAUAAGGAAUGUUUCAUAAACUUGUGCAAAAUUAUAUUUCAUAAACAGGGAUCUGUUUAUCUUAAGACCAUUGAUUCUUGGGCUUGUGCUAAUCCAAAAAUUUUAUUACGGCAAUAUUUUCACAAAGUUCUGCUAAUCUAAAAAUUAAAUUUUAAAAAUUUCCACAAAAAUAAGGUAAGACAUUUAUUCCUCCUUUACUGGCAAUCCCCUUGCCUUUUGGCCGGAGUUCUGGUGUUUUUUCCUUUAUUUUUAUGUGUUUUAUUUCCAACUAAUAGAUUUGAUUGUAAGCCGACCACCCUUCUUAAGCUUCCGAUAAUUCUCAGUUCCUGUUUAAAAGUACAUUGUAAUUAUUUUACGUGCCAAAAAAGAGGAAAAUGAGUUUUUUUUUCCUUUUUUUUUUCCAAAAUGUGAAAAUAUCAUCUAUAAUAUUCAAAUAUAAAUUUCAUAUGUUAAUGUGGAAAUACUUAUUAGCUUCAAAACAUUUUCCAUCACCUAAAUUUUAUGGACGUUAGUUUAGUGGAUAAGAAUUAUAGUCUAUUAUUAUUUAAUAUUUUCCCCCUAUUUAAUUGAACAGAAAUUGUUUUCAAUGUGUAAAAUGCAAACUUAGUAUUAAAAAACUACUUAUUGGGAAAGAAUUGCUUCAGUUGAAAACAAAAUUUUCUGACCUUGAAUUUUUACAAAUUUUCAGAUAACUUCUUGUUCUAAUAUAAUAUGUCUGGUAAACUGACACCAACCCUCUAUACAUAAUUGUCUUAUUUCCUUCCCAAAAAUUCAAUUAUUGAAGUUUGUUGUGACACAAUUUGCUUAAUCAUUCCUAGACUUUUUUUUUCUUAAAAUAUAAUCUGACGUUUCGUUAAAAUGUAGGUUUUCUAUAUAACAGCUGAUAGGAGCAAUAGAUGAGAGAAGGGGUGCUUUUAAUAUAAAAUAUUUUAUUUGAAUUUCGAUAGAUUGAAAUAAAAAUUUUAAUUGUUCAAUUGGUGAAAUAAUUUUUGCAAAAGACAAUUUUUAAUGUCAAUAUUUCCUUUUUAAGUGGUAAAUGGGUAAAUUUAACAUUGUUUUUAUGUAAAAUCUAUUAUCUCUUCAAAAGCGGAGUAUUGCAUUAUCCGCUAUACCAUUUCGUGUGUACAAAUGAAAAGACUGUAUCGUAUUUUUCUCAGAUAAAAAAUAAAGAAUAUCAAACUUU